AUGCCAUCAAGCUGCAAGGAGAUCCGCAUCGAGUUGGCAGAGUGCAUCCUCAAGUCAGACUGCAUGCUCAAGGACGGCCUGUCGGCAAAGGAAUGUCUCCAUUCUGACAACGAGUACAGGAUCCCUGCAGAGUGCACAGCGAUCAAACGGAGUUUUUUCGAAUGCAAACGCGGCAUGUUGGAUAUGCGGAACAGAUUCCGUGGAAACAAGUCAUAG